AUGGAAGAGGUUGUCUUACUCAAUCAAACUUCUUUAGUGACGUAUUUUCAGCUUAGAGGUUUAUCUGUAAAUCAGAAGGCACAGAUAGCUGUGUUUUCCAUGUUUCUCAUUUUCUAUGUCUUGACCCUGAUUGGGAACAUUCUCAUUGUCAUAACUAUUAUCUAUGACCACCGGCUCCAUACCCCCAUGUAUUUCUUCCUCAGCAACCUGUCUUUUAUUGAUGUCUGCCACUCCACUGUCACUGUCCCAAAGAUGCUGACAGACACCUGGUCAGAGGAAAAGCUCAUCUCUUUUGAUGCCUGUGUGACCCAGAUGUUCUUCCUGCACCUCUUUGCCUGCACAGAGAUCUUCCUCCUCACUGUCAUGGCCUAUGAUCGGUAUGUGGCUAUUUGUAAGCCCCUGCAGUACAUGAUAGUGAUGAACUGGAAGGUAUGCGUGCUGCUGACUGUGACCCUCUGGACUGGAGGAACCAUCCAUUCCAUAGCCCUCACCUCCCUCACCAUCAGGCUGCCUUACUGUGGUCCCAAUGAGAUUGACAACUUCUUCUGUGAUGUACCUCAGGUGAUCAAGCUGGCCUGCACUGACACUCACAUAAUUGAGAUCCUCAUUGUCUCCAACAGUGGACUGAUCUCCAUGGUCUGUUUUGUGGUCCUGGUGGUGUCCUAUACAGUCAUCCUGGUGAGUCUGAGGCAGCGGAUCUCCAAGGGCAGGCGGAAGCCCCUGUCCACCUGUGCAGCCCACCUCACCGUAGUUACACUAUUCCUGGGACACUGCAUCUUCAUCUAUUCCCGUCCAUCCACCAGCCUCCCAGAGGACAAGGUGGUAUCUGUGUUUUUCACUGUAGUCACCCCCCUACUGAACCCCAUUAUCUAUACCCUUAGGAAUGAAGAAAUGAAGAAUGCCUUGAACAACUUAGUGGGUAGAAAGGAGAAAAAAGAAGAAAAAUGAAAAUGUCUACAUCCUUAGGAUGGUUGGUGCUGCAAAUCAAAGAAAUGCCUUACAAAGAAUAAGCUAUAUACCAUAUUUAUCAGACUAUGUGACUUAUAAAAUUACCCUUGGUCUAAUAUCUGACAGUCACAGUAAUCACUAUGGUUAUUAAUAUCUUCUCUGUGCUGGAAACUGUUCUAGUCACUUUGCAGUUACUUACUUCUCACAACUUUGAAAGGUAGGUCUUAUUGUGCUUGUUUGCACAUGAAGAAAUUAAAGCUUGAAGAGAGCAAAUAACAUGCCCAAAGUCACUCAGCUAGACAACAAUGAUGGCAGCGUGUAAACCCAAGUGUGUCAAGCUGUUUUCACUACAUCAUGCUGUGUCUUUCUGCUUUUCUGUUGGAGUGAUAACCAAGGUCUAAACAAACCUUCAGAUUUCUGAGCAGCCCUUGCCUACAUCAUUCACUCAGGUGCUUAUCAAAACAGCUAAGCAAACACUAGUGAAGCAGAUGAAGUGAGUUUCCACAAACUUUGGUGACAGAGAAGGAAGACUGAACAGGUGAAGUUAUUGACACUCUCAAGUAUCCAGGCAAAAUCUGCCAUCAGAGCAAUGAAAUGGGGAUAUCUUACUAUUCAUUCAUUUGACAAAUAUUUACUGAGCACCUAUUAUGUACCAGAUACUAGGUUUAUACCCGUAAAAAAGACAUACACACAGUCCUGCUUUCAUGGAAUUUAAGAUCUAGUGAAAAUAGAAAACAAAAAUAUGAACAAAUAAAUUUUAACUAUAGAUUUUGAUAAAUGCUGUAAAACAGCAGGGUGCAAUUGGAGAGAAAGGAAGAGACUUGCUUUAGUGGUCAAAGAUGGCCUCUCUGAGGAAGUUAUAUUUCAGCUAAGAUGAGAACGAUGAAAAGGAGCCAACCAUGAGAAAAGAAAGGUGAUGAACAUUCUAGGCAGGAAAAAUGGCCAGUGCAAAGAUCUAUGCUGGGAAAGACCUUGGCUUGUUCAAGGAAGUAAAUGAUCAGUGUGAUUACAGCUUAGACUAUAAGGCAGAGAACGGCAACAGAGUGAUAUCAGAGAGCUAAAAAGAAUCUUUCCAUGUUCUCUCAAGAAGUUUGGAGUCUUUUCCAAUACAAUAAGAAGCCACCAGAAUAAUUUAAGCACAGGUGUGGCAUUAAAUAAUUUAUGUCUCAAUAAAAUUAUUUUAGUUAAUAUGUAGAGAAUUCACUCAACUAAGCAAUAGCAUCCAAUAUUGUUCUUAGAGCAAUAAAGGAUGACUAUUAAGUAUUUAGUAAUAAAUACUUAGAAAACAACUUGAUAGAAAACACCAAGUUGGGUAAACCAUGGUCUAUAAACCAAUAUCUUAAAUCUCAUUAUGGUGGCACAUAGUGUCCCAGAAUGGAAUGCGGUGAGUGAACUGGAAUAUGAAGAGGAUAUCCCAGAUAAUGGUAUCUCAUAUUCAUGCAUACAAAAGAGCAUGGCACACUAAGGAUCAUCAGUUCAUUCUGACUUCAUCACUGAGAAAGGCAUACUUAAAUGCAGCUUGGAUUUCCUAGGCACUAGUGAAUAUAUGAUCAAUAAGUUUGUGAGCCAAAAGACCUUUAUCAUGAUUUUUAGGAGGAAAAUUUUUAUUUGCCAGAAAAUGUGUUCAGAAGGAUAUUCAAGUGAUACAAGCCAUUUCAGUUAUAGAGAGGCAUUAUUAUAAAGGUAUUCUGUAGGGCUUUCUGGGUAUCAUAAGUUAACUUCCAACAGACAAAUCUAAUAAUUAAUAGAGUAGUUUAUUCCACAAAGAUAACUCCCUGGAGGGUAUAAAAUGAUAUUUAUUUGAACAUGUUGGUGAAAUAAUUGAGCUGAAUUUAAGAAUUACAAAAUUUACAUAAAAUAAAUGCCCUUUUAUUAUUGGCAAUGGCAGACAAUAAAGAGAAAUAUAUAAAUAUCUUUCCAAUAAGCCCAAAUAGAACGACUUAUGCAGGAGUCAGUCAUACAAAGGAAAACGUGCAAAAUUGUCAUAUUGUCUGUCAACAAGACAAUGCUUCAAGGUAGUCGUUAAGAUUGUAGCUGGUAAAACUAUAACAGAACAAUGAUGUGAUGUUUGCGUACUUUUUUCAUAGUAGCAAAAUUUCUGACACUACCCAUUUUCAAUCACACUAAUCUUUACAACUCUCUGAGAAGGUAAAAAUAAAACAUUUAGACUCCAUUUUACAGAAAAAAAUGUUUUCAGAGUGAGAGACAAGAUAAAAAUAUAUUUAAUUACUC